AUGAACGUUUUGAAGCUUCAGAGGAAAUUUCCUCAAUUCCAGCAAAACGAGAUCUUCGGCUUGUCUGAUGCCUUCCAACGGCUUGAUGUUGACGACAAGGGGUACCUUGACGAAGCUACAGCUAUUAAGGCCACGCAACAGAGCGAAAACCAGCCCUACGAUGUUGUGCGCCAGGCUUUAAAGGAAGUCGAGCUUGACUCUUCACGACGUGUCGAGUUGGAAGAUUAUGUCAGCCUCGUCGCCAAGCUUCGCGAUUCCUCACCCGCUCAAAAGCGCAUGUCCACAGGACCUACUGCUUCCCCUGGAGGUGGAGGAGGUGUUGUUGCACAGCGCACUGGUGGUCAUUCUUCCAAAGGCAGUGUCAGCGGCAAGAUCCAAGUUCAAGGCUCCAAUGCCAAUAUCACUCACACCAUUAACGAGGAUGAACGUACUGAAUUCACCCGUCACAUCAAUGCUGUGCUGGCUGGUGACGCCGAUAUCGACAGCCGUCUGCCCUUCCCCACAGAUACCUUCGAGAUGUUCGACGAAUGCAAGGACGGUCUGGUCCUGGCAAAGCUCAUCAACGACAGCGUUCCCGACACUAUCGACGAACGUGUUCUCAAUAUCCCUGGGAGAAAGAUCAAGAACCUCAAUGCCUUCCACAUGAGCGAGAACAACAACAUCGUUAUCGAGUCUGCCAAGGGUAUCGGCUGCUCCGUUGUCAACAUUGGUGCUGGCGACAUCAUUGAGGUUAGAGAGCAUCUCAUCUUGGGUCUGAUUUGGCAGAUUAUUCGACGAGGACUUUUGGGUAAGAUCGAUAUCAAGCUCCACCCUGAGCUCUAUCGAUUGCUCGAAGAAGACGAGACCCUCGAGCAGUUCCUCCGACUGCCCCCAGAGCAGAUUCUCCUCCGAUGGUUCAAUUACCAUUUGAAGGCUGCUAACUGGUCUCGCACUGUCAACAACUUCUCCUCUGACGUCAAGGACGGCGAGAACUAUGCGGUUCUGCUUGCCCAGAUCGGUCCUGAAUAUGGCGUCACCCGCGCGCCUCUGCAACAGCAAGACUUACAUGACCGGGCUGAGGCAGUCCUUCAAGAAGCUGACAAGCUUGGCUGCCGCAAGUUCCUGACACCCAAGUCUCUCGUUGCAGGAAACCCAAAGCUUAACUUGGCUUUCGUGGCUAACCUCUUCAACAACCACCCUGCUCUUGACCCUAUUACUGAGGAGGAGAAACUUGAAGUCGAAGACUUUGAUGCAGAGGGAGAGCGUGAAGCCCGAGUCUUUACCUUGUGGCUCAACAGUCUGGACGUCCAGCCUGCCGUUGUUUCUUUCUUCGAUGAUCUCCGCGAUGGUAGCGUGCUGCUUCAGGCUUAUGAGAAGGUCAUUCCUAACUCCGUCAACCCUCGCCACGUGAACAAGCGUCCAGCUCACGGAGGAGAGAUCUCGAGAUUCAAGGCUGUCGAGAAUACCAACUAUGCGAUUGAGCUAGGCAAACAGAACGGCUUCUCGCUUGUGGGUAUUCAGGGAGCUGACAUUACUGAUGGACAAAGAACCCUGACUCUGGGUCUCGUCUGGCAGCUUAUGCGCAAGAACAUCACAGUUACUCUUUCUUCGCUGGCUCAGAAGCUGGGUAAGCGAGAAAUCACCGACUCCGAGAUGGUGCGAUGGGCGAACGACAUGUCACAGAAGGGUGGCAGGAACUCUGCCAUUCGCUCUUUCAAGGACCCUUCAAUCGCCUCAGGUAUUUUCCUUCUGGAUGUUUUGAACGGAAUGAAGAGCAGCUAUGUCGAUUACGACCUUGUGACGUCUGGUCAAACCGACGAGGACGCCUACUUGAAUGCCAAGCUGAGCAUCAGCAUUGCUCGAAAGCUCGGUGCAACCAUCUGGCUGGUUCCCGAGGAUAUCUGCCAAGUACGCAGCCGCCUCAUCACCACGUUUAUCGGUUCUCUUAUGGCUACUCACGAGCGAAUGUAG